AUGGCUCAAAACAAGUUCCUCUUGUCUUUGGUUUUGCUUGCAUUGAUCAUUUUCUGCCAAGGGUUCCACUCCAUUGAGGGAAGGUAUCUCAAGUCUGGUGAAACCAUCAAACAUCAAAUGCAUAGUGGCAUUUCAACAACAAAUGUAGCUGACGUGUCUCCACCAACGCCACCCUCCGCGGCGGUUCCAGGUCGUGACGUUGAUAAUUUUAGACCCACCGCACCGGGUCACAGCCCCGGAGUUGGACACACCGUUCACAACUAA